UACAUUAGUUGUAUUUUUUUCUACCGUUGCGUUGUCAAGGACAAUGAGCCGCAAAGAAGCUUUAUCGUCAUUCAUUCAGCAAAUUCACGCUAGACCUGUAGUUGUAAAGUUAAAUAGUGGAGUUGAUUACAGGGGUGUACUGGCAUGCCUAGAUGGUUACAUGAACAUCGCCUUGGAGCAGACUGAAGAGUAUGUAAAUGGACAAUUGAAAAAUAAAUUUGGAGAUGCAUUUAUAAGAGGGAAUAAUGUAUUAUAUAUUAGCACGCAAAAAAGAAGAUAUUAG